GAUCAAUACAAGGUGUAUCCAUACACAGGCCACUGACACAGGAUCUCUACAUCUAUGGUGAGGCAGGCUGGAAACCGCUACAUCUGUCAGUGUGUGUGAAGCUUGGAUAAAACAGCAUCAUUUAAGUCUCUCAACCAGUGACAUCGUUAAACAACCAAAUCUGACAGAGUGACCUGGACCUUUGGUUGAUGUAACCUUGACUUUGAAUGGGUGUGACCUUGACCUCAUGUCUAUCUAACCUUGACCUUCGGCUAAUGCUUACAUGUAGAAGGGAGUUUCUUUUGUUUGCUGCUAAAUGUACUUUUAGGUACAUUCGUCUAUGGAUGCAGUAUAUUAGAGAUCGGGGACUCAUAUUAAUAUCUAUAUUACAUCAAUUGGCAUUCAUCUGGUACCAGUUGUGCAGUUCGUAGAGUGUGACCUGGAUCUAACGUCAGGAUUGAUGGUCAUAUUGCUUUGACCCAGUAAUGACUUUUCUCCUGGCCUCGACCUUUGACUGCCUGUGACUUGGACAACGUGUAUUAUUUUUAGUAUGUCAAACUGACAAUUUUUUAACCAUGUCUGAACUUCUGUAACCAAGUCUGAACUCCUGUGACCGAGACUGAACUUCUGAGACAGAGUCUGAACUUCUGUGACCGAGUUUGAACUUCUGUGACCGAAUCUGAACUUCUGUGACCAAGCCUGAACUUCUGUGACCAAGCCUGAACUUUUGUGACCAAGUCUGAACUUCUGUGACCAAUCCUGAACUUCUGUGACCGAGUCUGAACUUCUGUGACCGAGUCUAAACUUCAGUGACUUCUGUGACCAAGCCUGAACUUCUGUGACCAAGUCUGAACUUCUGUGACCAAGUCUGAACUUCUGUGACCUAGUUUGAACUUCUGUAACCAAGUCUGAACUUCUGUAACCAAGUCUGAACUUCUGUGACUGAGUCUGAACUUCUGUGACCUAGUCUGAACUUCUGUGACCGAGUCUGAACUUCUGUGACCGAGUCUGAACUUCUGUGACCAAGCCUGAACUUCUGUGACCAAGCCUGAACUUUUGUGACCAAGCCUGAACUUUUGUGACCAAGUCUGAACUUCUGUGACCAAGCCUGAACUUCUGCGAAAAAACCCGGAUAUUUGCCUGGGAUGUAAGUUUAUGUGGUGAUCUUGAUUCUCCUUCAGUGCCUACUGUGAUUGGAAUCAAAUAGACUGUGAUGGGAUCAGUUGACUGGAAAUCCACUGGAAUGUUCUGAGCUCAGGGAAUUGCUACAACAUGGUUUCACUCCUCUCCAUGCGGUUCAUGUUGCUUUCCAUGCACUUUCGGUUACCUCAGAUGACGAUGAACCAGCUACACGAUCAAACCUCUGGCAGCACUUAGCUCGGGAUAUAAAGUCCCAGACAUAUCUCUCACAUCCAAGGACUUGGUCCCCAGAGUAUGGUCAUUUUAAUUUUGUGCUACAGAAUUCACGGGAUAUUUAUCGGAGAACAUUCAGAGUUAAAAAUUACGUGAAAUUGUGACUCUUUUUGUGGAUCAUGACAAUAGACUCUUGAGUGUAAAGAUUGUUUCAUCAAUUUUUGAGACUCCAAAGCUUCACAAUGUUAACGGACAAGGGGAUUGCUCGGAAGAUGAACCUAGAACAUUUGAGUGCGACUGAGUGUGAGAAAAUCUUACAAGUACUCCAGAAAGAUUUUGAACUGCGACAGAAGGAAAAAACUAGACUCGAGAAAAUUGAAGAAGAUUUGAAAGAGGAAGACACCAAGACUGAAGUUCUUGCCAAGAAAACUAAACUCAACGAAAAUGUUUGUAUUCGGUGCUGUCAGACGUUUGGCCUCAUUUUCAAUCGUAAACAAACCUGUAGUAAAUGUCAUCUAUACAUCUGUAAGUCGUGCUGCUGCCGUGACCUUGAACACGGAGGAUUUGUCUGUAACGUCUGCGUCAAGGAACACGAGUUGAAGCUACAGUCCUGUGACUGGUUCUACAAUAACGUGAGCCGCCGGUUCAAGCGUUUCGGAAGUGCCAAAGUUGUACGGACGCUGUACAAGCAGCGCACCGAUUCUGACAAUGAGAGUGACAGUGGCUACGACCCGUCUCUCUACUCAUCCUUUAAAAGUGCUUCCCUCCAGUCUGUCGUCCGACAGCGUCCUGGCCUUGCCGGUUUGUUUCCUGGCACAAUGAGGGAGGAUAAUGACUGCGACAAUGAUCAUGUCCUAGAGCCAGUUCUACCACCUCCACCGCAGUUUGAGAGUGACCUGUUUGCAAAACCUCAACCUCCUGUUGUCAUAACACCCAUUCAGACAGCCAAUCAGAACACUCCCCUGGACAAUCAGGAUAGGCAGAAUCAGGAUGAAGGCCCCAGAGAUAUUUAUCAAGAGGCCUUUCUCUCUACAAAAGAUGCAGAAGAAAAGAAGUUUGAGUCCCGCUUCAGUAGCUUGUUGUCUGAACUUCACCUCUCACUCCAGAACCAGUCUCCCAAUGGUGUCACAUGCAAUACAUCCUAUGGAGGCGUUAUGGUUACCUAUACCAGUCGACUUCGAGAACUGUUAGUAGGCGUAUCACAACGCUUGGAACUGGCUAUCGACAGUUUUGAUAAUAAUCCCAAUCACUCCACAGAAGGAACAUCAGAAAAAGUGCGACAUUUAGUGUCAAAACUCAUAGAAAACAGUCUCGGGGAGUCCGUCGAUCUGACAUCAGAUGAAGCCGUCUCGGACUUGUCGUCGUUAUCAGACGAGGAUUCUGAAAGUCACAAGUCCUUUGAGGAUCAACUAGCCCAGGCAGUCAUCUCUAAGGUUUUAGAAAACCACCGAAAAGAGGCGGGACUGCAGUCUCUGAGACACCAUCAACAGGGUGAUAUUAUUGAGGAACGCGGUCACAAGGACUCCGUGUUAAGUUCAAGUACUAUUGAUCAGGGUCACGGAGACUCUUUACAAAAUUCUGACACAGAUCAAGGUCAGGCUGAAUCUUUACACGAGGAUGAAGUGGAUCACUUUAGUCCACAACAUUCCUACUUAGUGCAAAAUGAGAAAUUAACACCAGACAAUACAGAGUUCAAAGGUCACCAACAACAAGGAACAGACAAUUUUAUAGACUACAAAGGUGAAAGUGUCAGGAAUUGUGAUAAAAAAUCUGAAAGUGGGUUCAGAGGUCAGGUUGGUCAGGGAAGUGAACUCCAAAAUAGUAUUGGACAAAGUGAGAAAGAGUUCAGAGGUCGUGAGAUAGAGUUCAGAGGUCACGAAGGUCAGGAAAGUGAACUCAAAGAUAGUAUCGGACAAAGUGAGAGAGAGUUCAGAGGUCACAAAGGUCAAAUAAGUGAAGAGUUAGAGAGCAAAGAUCAACAAUUUAAUGGAGAGGUCAAGGAUCUUGAAAGGGUGAGUGACAGCAGAGAGGUCAAAGUUCAAAAUAAAAGUGCUGAGGAAGCUCUCUCUCAGAUAGAGAAAGAGGAUAGUUUUGAUAAAGAUGAAGUGAUAGAACAGGAAAUUGAUGAAGAAAUUAACUCCACCCAGGAAUUUGUGAACCAAAGACAACCUGCUGAUCCAAUUUACGAAAUACAGAAAUUGAAAUCGUUUUUGAGUGAUAUUUCACCACGACCUCAUGUACGAAAAGUCGUACUAGAAGAUGAACCAUGUGAUAUUGAGGAGCCGCUAAUUGAACCGGAACAGGUUUAUCGCGAGGAAAGCCAGCUAGACUUUCACACAAAGUGUACGUCAAUAAACUACGCCCAUGAACACACUGCGUCUCUACCGGAUUUCGAUGUCUCUGAUUUCGAGUUAAAUUCCAACGAGAUUGAUCCAGACUUGUUAUCCAUGAACUUAGCUCCGAUUCUUGAAGAGGAUGAGGGGGAGGAGGAGGAUGAAGGGGAGGAGAAGGAAGGAGAGAAGGUGACAGACUGGCGAGGGAACUGGAUAUUCAAAGGAAACUCCUCUGUUUCUCCGUACGCCAACAUGGGCAGGAAACAUGUGGGCGGGGAUGUGGGACAAAUUUACAUGACCAUUCCUGAACCGUUCCAGGAAAUGGCACCGCGGGUCGGCAACAGAGAGGCUGAUGAAAUAUUUUCUGACCUGUCUGAAAAUGAGGACAAUCUUAGUGAUGAAGAAACAUCAUUCUAUGCCAAAACGUCAGAGGAGAUCGCUCGCAUAACGAGAAAAAGCUCCUUCACACAAUCGGUGCAAACGGACGAUUCUGAUCUUGACACUUCCAGAGAGCAAUGGACAUCUGACUCAGGGGUCAAAGGUCAAAGUGCAAAGGUCGACAUAAGUGAGAGUAGUGCUGAUGAUUCUAAAGCCAAAUCUAACAAGAAGCUGAUUGAGGAACUGGUUCCCGCCGAAGGCGAUGACCCAAAAUUCGAAAUUGCACCAGAAAGUGUGACAGUACCAGAAGGAGACCCAGCCAAAUUUACCUGUCGUGUUGGAGGAACGGAGCCAACAGACGUCUUUUGGUACAAGGUAGAAGAUGAAUUAAAAGAGCUAGAGGAAUCAGAACAGUUUGACGUGUCUCGUGAUGGAAAUCGACAUCACAUGACAAUAUAUUAUCCAGACAAGGAUGAUGCUGGUCAGUACAUGGCCAUCGCGGUCAAUGAGAAGGGUCGAUGCUGUCAGUAUUUAGUGCUCAAAGUCAAAAAAAAUACACAAGACCUGAAAGCUCCCGAGUUCCUCAAAGGGAUCCAAGACGUGGAGAUCAUUGAAGGUCAAGCUGUCAAGUUCAGAUGCAAGGUCAAAGGUUAUCCGCAGCCAAGGGUCGUCUGGUACAAAGAUGGACAGCGACUGAAAAGUGACUCCAAUUGUAAAUUAGAGAAAUAUGGUAACCGUGACUACCUGAUGACAAUCGACUGUGCAACAAUGAACGAGGAUGCUGAAUACACUGUCAUGGCCAAGAACAUUGCCGGAGAGGUCAAAUCCAGCGCUCAGCUGAUCGUGGAACCGGACCAACCAGAGGAAACUUUUAAUUCAGUAAGGACAUCGUUCUCACAGUCGUCUUUUUCCUCAUCAUUCUCCGACGACAGGAGGACGAAACCUUCCAAAGAAGAUCAACACAUCUCAAACCUGAGCAGGAAAAUGAUGACGACAAAAGACAAUGUCACGGACGUGGCUGAGGACAUGCUGUCUACUGCAAAUGAGGUAUUUCUAGAGUUAUGGCCCUUGUUUUGUAAAAAGCAUUUUAAUGAUAUUGUUAAGGACAUGCUAUGUACUGCAAAUGAGGUAUUUCUAGAGUUAUGGCCCUUGUUUUGUAAAAAGCAUUUUAAUGAUAUUGUUAAGGACAUGCUAUGUACUGCAAAUGAGGUAUUUCUAGAGUUAUGGCCCUUGUUUUCUAAAAAGCAUUUUAAUGAUAUUGUAAAGCUCUGUAGAUAUAAUCAAUUUCUUUUUCAAAACAAAAUUUAAUUUGAAGC